AUGGAAGAUUUCCUUCAAGGUCUUUUCCAACUGCGAGCUGCUAUCAACAACCAGCAGAGAAAAGCGGACGCCUGGUUCCAAAGGGCCGCUCAGACCCAAGAUCAGCUACUGGGAAUCAAAAAGUUGUCCGAAGAGACUGGCAGACCCGUCAUCCAACAUCGAGUGCAGCGGCUGGAGCAGUUCAGAGAUCGAAGCCUCGACCAUGCUUUCGAAACUCUCCCGUACUUGGCCCGAGGCCGAGAUUUUCUCACUGAGACUGUCGACAAAAUGCCAAACCUACUGGUUUUUUCUACCAAAGAAUUGUGAGCAUAAUUCGUCUGAAUUCAGGGCAAAGAUUUACUUGCCGGCUUACGACGCCCGCGGAUUGCUGACCUCGCCCAGUUCUUUGAAAAUCACGGCUUGGAAAAAAGAGGAAUAAUUCCGGAGUUCCUGCAAAAACUCCCCGACGUGCAACAAGAUCCUCGGUCAAUGCAGGAAUCCGAUCGGGAAAAGGAACAAGGGCGAUAUAAAGAGGUAUAUUUAAUAAUAUCAAGUCGAAACUCACGCAUUCUGUUUUUCCAAUUUUAUUAGGGUGCUAGAUUUAAUGAGUUUGCACAGUAAUUUCCUGAGAGAAAAUGGAAAACCUAACGUGAAUUGCAAGAUCUUUUUUUGUGUUUGGUGUUCUCCUUAGAAGCCAAUCGUAAGAAAAUUAGCGAAAUUUCAAGAAAAUAUUGAAGUUCUAAAAACUUGCAAAUAUGAAAAUAAAGCGAGAAAAUUUUUCUUGCGUAUUCAUUUCUUUUUUAUUUACAGAAGGAUAAUCAAGAAGCCUCGGACGGAAUGCAUCAACCACAAUUUGUACAGAAACUUCCGCCGCUUGAGACACCUUCUCAGCCACUAUCUGGACCAGAGCCAAGCCAUGACCUUGAAAGUCAAGAAGAACAUUCACAAAUUGUCGAGGUAAUUUUUGGAAACGACUUGAAGAAUUUUUGCUUAAAAAUAAUUCUGUUUUUUUCAAAAAAACUAAUAGUUGACUAGAAUUUCGUGUUUUUAUUUCAAGUUUCAAAUUUACUCUGAGAUGUUUAAAAACAAUUUUUUCGAAGCGAAAUUUGAGUUUUCCUUAAUAUGUUCCAGCCAGCACAGCUUUUUGUGCAUCUGGAGCCACAAUUCGAGCUGCAGCCUGAACCGGAGCCAAUACAAGAACUUGAGCGACAUUUGAAUUUCGAAGACAAGAUAUAUUCGAAGCGUUUCUCCUAA